CGUGACCGCCAUUUAAAGUCGCAGUUCAACUUCCCGCUGUAGCGUCGCAGGAGCUCCCCGCGAGCUCCACUCGCUCGUGUGGUGCGUGGAGAAUCUCCCUCUCGUGUGUCUCUCUGUGUGUCUCUCUGUCUCUCUGUGUGUCUGUGUCUCUCGUGAAGACGACGAGGAGGAGACACGACAAUGGCGAAUGUUCUGGCACAGGGAGUGGAGCUGAUCCCAGACCAGCAGGGAUUCUUGAUGAUCAGCGACGACGGGAUGCUGGCGUCCUCGGGGGACCUGGACAACGACGAGCGUGUGGCCGGGGUGCUCAUGGCGCUCGUCAGCACCGCCUCCAAGUUCCCAACCACCACCCAGGGCCAGCCGCCAUUCCGGCGACUCACAGUGGUGUUUGGGGAGUUCUCCUACGUGCUCACGACGUCCGCUGGCCGCGUAUUCGUGGUGAAGCGGAGGAACGCGGCGCGGGAGCUCCCCACGGCCUAGAGACGCCAGGCCCUGGGGCUCUACGGUGACCACCACGGCCACGGGGCCCACCACUACAAGGCCACGGUGACCACCACCACCGCGCCCCACAUGGCCAAGGGAGCCACUGCCUUGUACAGGCACACACGAACACGUGACACACGUGUAGACAUGCACAAAAACACAUUGGGACACACCACACACACUCACGUAUGUAAAUAAAAACCACGUGAAGAGGUU